AUGCCUCCUAAGCGAAUCCGUUGCACCGCUGCUUCGUGCCGUGAGCCCGCUCAACGGAUCGUCGGCGACUGCACCUUUUGCCAAGGUCAUUUCUGCGGCAAGCACCGCCUACUAGAAGACCACAAGUGUACCGGUCUCGAGGACUGCAAGAAGCAGUCUCACGAGCGUAACGCUGCACAACUCGAGUCGGAACGAACCCAGGUUAUCCGGGGUGUGUAA